GACACUGGGCGGGAAAGCCCGCGGUGAUUUCCUCUGUGGAAUCGCUGAGGGCCGGCCCCGCGCGUUACAGCCAUGGACCCCUUCCUGGUGCUGCUGCACUCGGUGUCUGGCAACUUGUCGAGCAGCGAUCUGCUGGAGCUAAAGUUCCUGUGCCGUGAGCGCGUGAGCAAACGAAAGCUGGAGCGUGUGCAGAGUGGCCUGGACCUGUUCUCAGUGCUGCUGGAGCAGAACGAUCUGGAGCGCACACGCACCGGGCUGCUGCGUGAGCUGCUGGCCUCGCUGCGCAGACACGAUCUCCUGCAACGCCUGGACGACUUUGAAGCGGGGACGGCGGCCUCGGCCGCACCGGGGGAGGCAGAUCUGCGGGUGGCCUUUGACAUUGUAUGCGACAAUGUGGGGAGAGAUUGGAAGAGACUGGCCCGCCAGCUGAAAGUGUCUGAGGCCAAAAUUGAUGGGAUUGAGGAGAGGUACCCCCGAAGCCUGAGUGAGCAGAAGCACCGUGACAAGCCUGCCGUUCCUGUCAGGAGUCACUGUGGACUUGACACACACCAUGAUGCAUCACCACGUGCCUUCUGUGCCCAGCGUCAAGAAGACCUUGUUGGUCCAGGCGAGAGUCUGCUCACAAGCUUGAACCAACUCCUGAAGUAAAACUGUAUGUAUAGAAUCUCUGCUCCCUGAGCAUGGGGGACACAUGGAGCUUCCCCUUCAUGUUCUCCACUGCUGCUCCUUCCCCUGAGAGAAGUCUCUGGUCCUGCAAGGAGGAAGUUGGAGCUAAUGGCACAGAUGUUGAACACUUGAGAGCCUUCCUGCUGUUCUUUGGGGCAGGAAACCAACUCAGUUCAGAGCACUGGGCUGCCUCACAGUUGGCCAUGAGGACAUCUGUCUCAUUUCCUUGGAGGCCAUCAGAGAGCAGCUCCUGACCCCCCAAAUGGUACUUAACUUGCAGGAGCCUGGCACACUGCACCCUGGCACAUCACCUCCUGCAAGAACCAAUUAUAAAGUUCACUACCUACCAAAAUUGCUGCCUCUGGGAAGGGCUGUGGUAUAAAGGGCAGCUCCACUGCUUCACCAUGGUCUUUAAGCAAGUGCCUAGAUGUAGUGGCUCACUCUGAAAUCCUAGCACUUGAGAGUUGAGAACUGCACUCCAUGGCAACAUGAAUGAGGGCUACAAAUGAGACCUCACAAAAAAACAAAAACAAGUGUCUUUACCUGGAAAUACCCUUAUCACCCAGAAUUUCCACUAUGUUAUGGACCCUUCUAAUCUGCUCAGAAGUCCAGCAGGCUGACUGAAGUGUCUAUACAGCCCUAGGUGCUAAUUGUGAAUGGGGUGGAGGGAUUUCUUGUCUGGUUUGCUUCACACCAGCAGGGGACCCUAUCUGCCACACUGGGUGGCCAAAUAACCAUUCCUUGUCCCAGCUUUCUAACCUUUGGCUGGGUAUACCUUUGAUCAUAGCACUCAGGGAGGCAGAGGCUGGUGGAUCUCUGAUCUGUGAGUUUGAAGACAGCCUGGUCUACAUAGCAAACUACAGACCAGCUGAGACUAUGUGGAAAGACACUAUCUCAAAAGUUCAUGUCUGGAGUUGAGGCUCCUAGACACAGGGUUUACCUGACAGAGUGAAGGGCUGCACCUCACUGUCCUAAACCUAGUGUUUGCUUCAGGAGUGACCAGCCUGGGGCCUGUGCUCAAAUACUGAUCAACCAUUUCUUGGCACAAAGGUUCUUCAUUUCCCCCUUUCUGCUCUACCCACCCCACCCCACCAGGCAGCUGACCCCUCAGCACACUUAGGCUCUCCUCAACCCCACUCCCCAUUAUUGUUGGUCCCUUCACUACUGCAUUCCUUGGGCUGCACCCUCCCCAGCCCCAAGCCCAUCACCUAUCCAUCUGGCUGUUCUGUCUUGCUCAAACUCUUGGCCACCAAAGCCUCUCCUGACUACUCUGGGGACUCAUCCUGUUUUCUCUGACCCCGUGUCCCACCUGCCUGCAACCACAACCCUCUUAUCUUGGGUCCCUAGAAUACGCAUAGGUCUGUCCAAGGUCUCUUCUGGGUGUUUGCUGUGCUCCUCUCUAGCCCCUCCCCUUCCUCCUGUUUUGAGGGUUUUUGGUUUGUUUUGAGACAGGGUAUCAUGUAACCCAGAUAUAACUUAGAUUGGCCUCAAGCUCACAGAGUAACUGAAGUGACCUUGAACUCCUUGAUUAUCUAGCCUCUGCUUCUCAAGUGCCAUGAUUACCAGUGUGGUAGCCUUACCCAGGCCCAAGUCUUUUAGGCCCACACUCUAGGCAGCCUGGGCAACCCUCCUGAGACUUGCUGAUGCCUCUUAAGUGUCCUGUGGCAAGUCACAGGUUGAUGGACUUGGAUGUCACUUUUUUUUUUUUUUUUAAACAACUCAGGAGUACAAAAUGGCUCUCCAGAGCUCAGUUCAGAUGGGAGUAGGCCUGUGUCCAGAUUUACGAGAAUGUUCCAUGGCUUUUGAAGUCCCCUUAUUGUGUCACUUGCUUCAUUCCCCUUCCCUCUUCAAGUGACAGUUUAGUAUUGGGUCUUGGUUGCUGCUGCUGCUACAGGGCUUGUGGGCCACCAGAGGAAUUUAUCCCUAUGUACAGAAUCCCUUCAGCCAUUUGGGGGGAUUAAAACAUGAGUAUUCUCAGAGUCAACACCCCACAAAUCUCUGCAUUUCCCCAGCUUGUGCCCAGUCUUGUCCCUGGACACCUCUGCACAAUCCCACCCCCUGUUAAUGGCCAGUCAGAGCCCUGCACUCACAGGUGACUGUCCACCUUGCCUGCCCUUCACUCCUCAGCUCCUAGCAGGACCUUGGCUCUUGCCCAUCCCCCACCAAGGGUUAGAACCACAGACCCGCCUGUUCCUAGAAGCUAGCCAUCCUGCAUAUUUUUAGCUUCCUAUUUUUGAAUUCCACAAUCAUUUCUUAGUCAUCCAGCUGACAUGCCUUCUGGUCACAAGGUCCCUGUACAAACUGUUUCAAACCAGACAGUGGAACAUGAUGUGAUGGAAUGUGUGAUGUAGCCACCAUGGACCAUGGCCUUCCAGUAGCUGAUGCAGAGGCAGUACUAGUUUGCUAGAAGAUGUGGGCUAGGAAGCCCACAGAAUCUUGAGUCACGUGCUAAGUGGAGGCUGGCCUGAGGGAUAUUUGCCUGCCACAAGACUCAUCAAGGCUUCACUAAGCCAAAGCCAAGUGGCAGGCUUGAGUUUGUUUUGGUGUGGCCAGAACAGGACAGAAUUAUGGGCAUGUGUGUGGAGGUCCCCAGACUCCCAAAGCCAGAAUGGAGUGUAGAGAUGUAUAGUCCCUGUCCAUCAAAAUAAAGCGGGCAUGCUGCUCAUA